AUGACAGAUUUUAUUAGAGGUAAAACUCAACAUAAAGUUAUCUCAGAGAAAUUAGAAGAUCAAGAAAUUGUUAGUACAAAGAGAAUUACACCAAAGAGAGUUAAAAAUGAUGAUAAAGAUAAAAAAGUUAACAAGAAACAAAAAACUUCAAAUCAAUUAGCACCAAUUAUCACUGAAGAAGGUAAUGGUAUAGCAGAUUCUGAUGAAGAUGAUGAUAAUAAUGAUAACAAUGACGAAAAAAAAGUUUCAGCUGAAGAAGAAAAAGAUAGAAACCUUUUUGCAUCUGCUUAUAAUAGUUUAAAGGGUAAAAAGAAAGCUAAAUUAGUUUCAAAAAUUGAUAAACUUACACCAUCUCAAUUAAAAGAAUAUAUGAAUGAACCAACAACUCAAUUAAAUAAAAAAGAAGAAGCUGAUGCUAAAAAGUUAUUACCUUUCUUAAAAAAGAAUAUUCCAAAAUCUGCAUGUAGAUUACUUAAAAAAGAUUUACAUACUGGUAUGGUAGUAUUAGCAACAUUUGAACAAGUUACAGAAAUGGAUAUUACAAUUAGUUUACCAUUUGGAUUGAAAGGAUAUGUUAAAUUUAAUGAAAUUUCAGAUUCAUUUACAGAAUGGAUGAAAGAAACUUUAAAGAGAGAAGAUGAAAAUGAGAAAUCAACAAACUUUAGAAAGAUGAAGAUUAUAUCUGACCAAGUUAGAAAAAUGUUUUACAAAGGUCAAAUGUUAAAAUGUGCAAUCGUAGGUUUAACCGAUCAUCAUACUAUUGAAGGUCUUCAUUGCACACUUAGACCAGAGUUGGUUAAUGUUGGUUCAUCAAUUGAUACAUUCUCAGAGGAUAUGACAAUUCAUGGUUGUAUUGAGUCAAUUCAAGAUAAAGGUUAUAUCGUUUCAUUUGGUUCAAAAGAUUACAAUGGUUUCUUGGAAUUUUCAAACACUUGUUACUAUUACCCCGAUCAAUCUUCUGAUGACCAAAAUCAACUUUACAUUGGUCAACCAAUUGAAUCUUUAAUUCAAUCAAUUGAUAAAUCAACUAAAACUUUUAAAUUAACAAUUUCUCAUCCAUUAGUUUCACGUUCAACUAUUAAAAACUCUGAAACUAUUACAAUGGAAUCAAUUAAAGCAGGUAUGUUAGUUGAAACCAAAGUUUUAAGAGUUUUAAGUAAUGGUUUACAUUUAGGAUUUUUAGAUUUCUUUGCAGGUGAUAUUUUCAUUUUACAUUCACAAAAUCCAAUUGAAACCUAUAAAGAGAAUCAAGGUGUUAAAGCAAGAAUAUUAUUUGUUGAUCAAGUUCACAAGAGAAUUGGUUUAUCAACAUUGGGUCAUGUUUUAGGUUUUAAACCAUAUCCAUUUGGUACAACCAAACCAGGUCAAUAUGUUGAAAGUGGUAAAUUAACAAUUGAAAGAAUUGAACCAUUAGAAAUGAUUGUCACAACUGAAUCAACAGUGGUACAAUCUAAUCCAAUGAAGGCACCAUUACUAUUAAGAGGUUAUAUUCAUAUUGAAGAGUUGGAGAGUGGUGUAAACGAUUUAACCAAAGCAUCAAAUCAAUUUAAAAAGACAGAACCACUCGAAAAGAGAUGUAGAGUUAAACAUUUAGAUCAUUUAGAUGGUAUGGUAACUUAUACAGCUCGUACUAGAGAAUUGGAGAAGAAAUUCUACUCUUACAAUGAUUUAUCUUGUGGUAUGGUCGUUCAAGGUGUAAUUAGAUAUGUUCGUGCCGAUUCAUUAGAGGUUGAAUUGGCCACCUCAAUUCAUGGUGUAGUCGCUAGACAUCAUAUGGCCGAUACUAAUAUCACCGAUCCUUUGGAAUUCUUUAAAGUUGGUGCAACUGUAAAAGUACGUAUUAUAAAUGUUGAGCCAGAUAAGAAACGUCUUCAAUUAACUCUCAAGAAAUCCUUAAUCUACUCAGAGUAUCCAAUCAUUACCGAUAAAAACACUACCCCAAUUGGUACUAUCUCUCAUGGUAUCAUCACUAAAACCACUAGAUUCCUCGUUUUCGUCUCUUUUUACAAUAAUAGUUUUGGUGUUGUUGAAGCUCAAAAUCUUUCAAAUAGUAAAAUUGAAUCCGUUCAAAAACAAUUCCCUGUUGGUCGUACAGUUUUAGCUAAAACUUUAUUCUCUGAAAGUAGUAAAUCUCAACCUGGUUUACCUUUGACUUUAGUAAUUGAUGAUGAUGAUUUUAAUUCACAACCACAACCAAAUUCAAAUAAAAAAUCAAAUAAUAGUAAUAAUAAGAAAGAAAAUAAAAAAGUGGAAAAUAAAAAAGUAGAAGAGGAAAAAGUUGAAGAAGAAGGAAAAGAAGAAGAAGAAAAAGAAAAUAAAGAAGAAAAAAAACAAGAACAACAAAAAGAAGAAAAAAAACAAAGUACAAAAAAUAAGAAAAUAGAAACAAAAUCAAAAAAAGUAAUUAAAAAAUAA